AGAGAGGAUGUUGGAAGGAAAAGGUCUGAUAGAGGACACAGACAUGCCUGUGAAGAUGCAGAUCCAAGCCAUGACUGCUGCUUCUCAAGCUUUGGAUCUGUAUGAUGUUUUUGACUUAAAAUCCAUUGCUGCCCACAUCAAAAAGGAGUUCGACAAGAAAUAUGGGAGUGGAUGGCAGUGUGUGGUGGGAUCGAAUUUCGGAUGCUUCUUCACUCAUCCUAAAGGAACUUUCAUCUAUUUCACUUUGGAGACUCUCAAUUUCCUCAUCUUCAAAGGGGCUUCUUCUCCUUAAACCAUCUUUCUCUGUGUGUGUGUGUGUAGCUGUUCUUGAAGUUGGUUUAUGUGUUUUCAAAGUUAGCUUAGUUGUAUGUGGAAAUGGAAAGGAGGGUUAAAAAGAAGAAAAUAACAAAUACUAGGAGUCCUGUAAUGCCUUAGAACAAUGCUUUUUUGUACAUGUUUGUUGUGUCUACUUUUCCAUGUCUAAUUUCAUCUCUCUUUCUCUCUCCAUAUAAAGGCAUCUAAUGUAAUACUAGAAAUUGGAUGUGUUCAAAAUACUCAGCAAACCGAAGUUUAGUUCAAAUCAUCAACUUAAUAGGAUUGAAUUAAUUUUAGUUUAGAUU